UAAGCACAGGGAGAAGGCUGGCCGGACACUGAUGAAGCAACAGAGCAUGAGUCCCUUCUUUACAAUGUCUCUCCUCUUUGGGCUGACCGUUUGUCAAACAGCAUCACUUUGUGCUCCUUCAGAGUAUAUAAUCCACGUGGAGAAAAGGGAAUGUGCCUACUGCCUGGCCAUCAACACCACCAUCUGCGCAGGAUUCUGCAUGACUCGGGACAGCAAUGGCAAGAAGCUGUUACUCAAAAGUGCUCUGUCCCAGAACGUCUGCACAUAUAAAGAGAUGCUGUAUCAAACAGCACUGAUUCCAGGCUGUCCUCAUCACACUAUCCCUUAUUACUCCUACCCUGUGGCUGUGAGCUGCAAGUGUGGUAAAUGUAACACUGACUACAGUGACUGUGUUAAUGAGAAGGUCAGGACAAACUACUGCACUAAACCACAGAAGCUCUGUAACAUGUAAGCCUCCAGCAGAAUGCAGUCAGAAUGUACCUCUCUGCUUACAACUAAACGUAAAUAAAAGUAUAUUUCAUAACGGGUUUGCAAA